AUGUGGAGCUUUCUUCUUAUCUGGUCCUGCAUGCAUAUCGCUGUUGUUGUUGCUCAAACUGCAAUUGUUGGACACAGAGGAGAGAGACUUGACAUUAGAUGCCCCUAUAAAUCUGGAUAUGAAUCAAAUUCCAAGUAUUUGUGUAAAGGCGAGUGUAAGUUUGGAAAUAAAAUCAUCAUGGUUAAAUCAGGAUCUCCAGCUAAAGACAAGAGAUUCUCUCUGACUGACGACACGACGGCCAGAGUUUUCACCGUCAGCAUCACUGAUCUGAGAACAGAGGAUACAGGACUAUACUGGUGUGCUGUGGAGAGGACUUUAACUACUGAUGUCUAUUCAGAUUUCUUGUUGCUGGUUAAACAGGAUGAGAGGACGACUGAAUUUCCAACCAUCAAUCUGUUUUUAAUAACAAGCACACAUGUUUCAUCAGCUCCUCUGACUCCUCAAACUCUGUUAGCGCAGACGUCUGGACCUGACUCAGAUUCAUUCAUCAUCAUCAUCACUGCAGGAGGUUUGGCUUUGCUCCUGAUCUCUGCUGUAUUGCUAGUUGUGGCUGCACGAAAGAAAAAGCAGACUUGUGGUCUGGUUUCCUUCUCUACUGAAGAGCUUCAUGUGACAACAAGAAAAGCAGAAGAAAAUGCGUACGAGAAAGGAAACCCAGCUGUGAUCUCAAACCUACACACAGCUCAAAGUGAUGACGGUUCUGCUGCAAACACAGAAGCAGUCGACACAGACCUCGACUACAUGAAUGUUGCUGCUGCAGUGAGAAACGGUGUGGAUCCAGAUCAGAUCUACACAGAACUGAACUCAAGUAGACAUAGUGACGUUUAUCAGAGUCUCAGAACUGAUUCUGUUCAAGAAGAGUCUGUCUAUCACAGUAUUGAUCAAACAAUAGACUGAGCCCAGAAGCCCCACAAACAAUCAAACAAUGGUAACAGUAGUCUUAAAUAAUCUUGUAGGUCUUGUAAAAUAGUGUAAAAAUGA